CAUCAGCACAGAGCCCGACGCGGGGCUCGAACUCACGGACUGUGAGAUCAUGACCUGAGCUGAAGUCGGACGCUUACCUGACUGAGCCACUCAAGUGCCCCUGGCCAAGGUCAUUUCUGAGCAGCCCAUCUGCCCGUCACCGAACAGAGGCGUUGUUAGUGAAUGUCUGCUCGGGUCUCCACCCCUGCCUCUGCCCUGGACCCCUCGCACGGGGACCCCCCCGCCCCGAGCUUCCGGCCCCGGCUUGAUCCAAGGGAGGCUCCGUUCUCUCUCUGCCCCCCUCUCCUUCUCCCAGACCUCGAGCAGAGGAUCCUGCGGAUGCUGAGGGACGCUGGCUCCCCUGUGAAGUCCGUCCAGCUGGCAAAGGAAUGCCAGGUGCCCAAGAAGAAGCUCAACCAAGUCCUCUACCGGAUGGAGAAGGAGUCGAAAGUCUCCUUGGCGGGCCUGGCGAUGUGGCGCCUGGGCAAGGGAGGAACCGGAGAAGUGGUCCCCACAGAGCCGGCCCAGCUCAGCCAGGCGGCGAGGCCCCAGCAGGACGCAGCCGCGGUUCCAGAGGAACCUGACCCUCAGCUCAGCGAACAGCAGAAAGCCAUCUAUAGGUUUCUGGAAGGCACUGGGCCCUGUAAGGCCCUGAUCAUCGCCCGGGCCCUGGGAAUGAAGACAGCAAGAGAAGUCAACCCACACUUGUAUGAUAUGAGAAAGAGGCACCUUGUGAGUCUUGAUGAGAAAUCAAGUCUAUGGUCGAUUUAUCGACCAGAUUGUGGAGGAAGAAGCGAGUCCCCCGCGAUUAUUUACCAGCAAAAUCCAAUCAACAUGAUCUGUCAGAAUGGACCAAAUAGCUAUAUUUCCAUUGAGAACUCGAAAGACAUCCAGAUUGGACACGGGAACAUCAUAGUGAGGCCAACCGCCUCUGGGGAGAAUGGUUCCGUGGCUCCCCUCCACCUCCCUCCAAUGGCACCAGCCGAUCCCCCGACGCAGAGUUCCCCGGCUGCAGCCUGGGCGCCCCAGGACAUCCGCUUGGAGAAGUCUGUGCUCAGACGGGUGCUGCUGGGACAUGGCAAUGAAAUGAGCCUUACCAGUGCCCCGGCCGAAGGCCCGGCUGCCUGCAGCCCCUCUGGCAGCCCCCCAGUCUCUGCCACCACUAUUGGCUCAGGAGCUUCGUUCAAAAUUCCAGGGUCCAAACCAGGACCUGACUGCAAGGCGGAUGGGAUCCAGAGAGUCCACAUCAGUUCAUGCUUCCUUGAGGACACUGCCAUUGGCAACGGCAACAGAAUGACUGUCAUCUCAGGGACAGCUGGUCCAGGAGUUGCAGAGCCUGAGGAUAGCAGAAGGGGCCCUGAGGAGCUGGACAAGGAUGCAGGACCCCUCUCCGAAGGUGCGGAGCCCAGAAGGGAGUUCCCUCCAGACCCGGCUUCCUCCCUCAGCACCAACGUCUCGAAGCUCUUCUCCCACCUAGAAGCCGUGACUCUUGAAAGCAGGGAUCCCCACAACGCCGAAGACGGCGGCUGGGUGGACAGAACCCCAGACGUGGCGUCCCAGGGGGAGGUCGAGCCCAGAACAGACAGCCAGCCUCUCUCGGAAAGAGCAGGCGAACACCAGUGAACCUUCGGUACUAUGCUUUCUGGGCUCCGUAAAUGUCCUUUUCCGCCUUCUUGCCUCCUGACACGCGAGCGGCAAGGGUCAGCGUUUGGGCUGGGCCUGGCCUGGGGCUGGGUCACCUGUGUCCCUACCACCACCUUAGCCUGCCUUCCAUCGUGGCUACCCACUCUCCUCUCACUCAAGACCUGACUUCCUCAAG